UGUUAGUGUGCGCCGCGGGUGCUGGGGGCUCGAGGACCGAGCGGAGCUGGUUGAGCCUUCAAAGUCCUAAAACGCGCGGCCGUGGGUUCGGGGUUUAUUGAUUGAAUUCCGCCAGCGCGGGAGCCUCUGCAGAGAGAGAGUGCGAGAGAUGGACAUGGACAAACGGAUUCAUUUAGAGCUGCGGAACAGGACGCCCUCUGAUGUGAAAGAGCUUGUCCUGGACAACUGUCGGUCGAAUGAAGGCAAAAUCGAAGGCCUCACAGAUGAAUUUGAAGAACUGGAAUUCUUAAGUACAAUCAACGUAGGCCUCACCUCAGUCGCAAACUUACCAAAGUUAAACAAACUUAAGAAGCUUGAACUAAGCGAUAACAGAAUCUCAGGGGGCCUGGAAGUAUUGGCAGAAAAGUGUCCGAACCUCACACAUCUAAAUCUAAGUGGCAACAAAAUUAGAGACCUCAGCACAAUAGAGCCCCUGAAAAAGUUAGAAAACCUCAAGAGCUUAGACCUUUUCAACUGCGAGGUGACCAACCUGAACGACUACCGAGAAAACGUGUUCAAGCUGCUGCCCCAGCUCACGUACCUCGACGGCUACGACCGGGACGACAAGGAGGCCCCCGACUCGGACGCCGAGGGCUACGUGGAGGGCCUGGACGACGACGAGGAGGACGAGGACGAGGAGGAGUAUGACGAAGAUGCUCAGGUAGUGGAGGACGAAGAGGACGAGGAGGACGAGGAGGAAGGUGAAGAGGAGGACGUGAGUGGAGAGGAGGAGGAGGAUGAAGAAGGUUAUAACGACGGGGAAGUAGACGAUGAGGAAGAUGAGGAAGAUCUUGGGGAAGAAGAAAGGGGUCAGAAGCGAAAACGAGAACCUGAAGACGAGGGAGAAGAAGAUGACUAAGCGGAAUAACCUAUUUUGAAAAAUUCCUAUUGUGAUUUGACUGUUUUUACCCGUAUCCCCUCCCACCCCCCAAA